AAAAACCUUAUGUUGUUUGGCACCCAGCGUUAAUACACACACACACUCUCGUUCUCUCUCUGGUACAGAAUAAACGCACAAGAACCGAUUUUUUUGGGCAGCGUUGAAACCCAUAGACGCCGGGAUCUGCGACUUCUUGAUGAAUCCAACCCGACAACAAUUUUCUUCGUUAUUGACUAAUCUGAUUGUAGAGUGAGUCCAAUGUGUUUAUUUCUCUGUGAUGCUUCCCCCAUGUUUGUGUAAAAGGGGAAGAUUGAUUUAGCGGAAGGGUUAAAAUUUUUUAAUCUUGAGGAAAGAACCGCAAUAAACCAAGAAAAAAGAAAGAAAUAGCGAACCUGUUACAUUUGCGAUCUUGGGCUUGAAGUUGGGGCAAGAAAUUAUGUCUAAGAGUGGUGACCAUCACACGGUCCCAUUAUCGGUUUUGUUAAAGCGGGAGUUGGCUAAUGAGAAGAUCGAGAGGCCUGAAAUUUUGCACGGUCAGGCCAGUCAGAGCAAAAAGGGCGAAGAUUUUACGUUCGUUAAGACCGAAUGUCAACGGGCAUUGGGUGAUGGAGUCACCACAUUUUCAGUAUUUGCGUUGUUUGAUGGCCAUAAUGGAUCUGCAGCUGCUAUAUAUUCCAAAGAGAAUUUAUUGAACAAUGUCUUGAGUUCUAUUCCUCCUGAUCUUAACAGUGAUGAGUGGGUAUCGGCAUUGCCUCGGGCUUUGGUUGCAGGGUUUGUAAAAACAGAUAAAGAUUUCCAGGAAAAAGCACGAACUUCAGGAACAACAGUGACCUUUGUAAUAAUCGAAGGAUGGAUCUUAACAGUUGCAUCAGUCGGUGAUUCUCGUGCCAUACUUGAAUCUGCUGAGGGUGGAAUAUAUUAUCUGUCAGCAGAUCAUAGACUUGAAUGCAGUGAAGAGGAGCGUGUAAGAAUAACAGCUAGCGGUGGUGAGGUUGGUCGGCUUAAUACUGGUGGUGGCACUGAGAUUGGUCCAUUAAGAUGUUGGCCUGGUGGGCUAUGUCUUUCACGAUCUAUUGGGGAUAUGGAUGUUGGAGAGUUCAUAGUUCCUGUACCUUAUGUGAAGCAAGUAAAGCUAUCAUCAAGUGGUGGGAGGCUUAUAAUCUCAAGUGAUGGUGUUUGGGACGCUUUAUCUGCCGAAACAGCCUUCGAGUGCUGUCGAGGAAUGCCAGCUGAUGCUGCAGCUUCACAGAUUGUCAAAGAAGCUGUGGAGGUUAAGGGUCUUCGAGACGACACGACGUGUAUUGUUGUGGAUAUACAACAAGCGGCUGAGAAGGCGGAGGACCUGCAAAAGGCCCCACCACCUCCCAAGAAACAAGGAAAACGGGUUUUCAAGGCCAUUUUCCGUAGAAAAAACGCAGAAUCAUCUUCUCAGGUUGACAAGGAAGAGUAUAGCGAACCCGAUUUCGUGGAGGAACUCUUUGAGGAAGGCUCCGCUUCUCUUUCAGAAAGGUUGGAUGCUAAGUACCCGGUGUGUAACAUGUUUAAGCUGUUCGUGUGUGCGGUUUGCGGAGUGGAAAUAAAACCAGGAGAAGGUAUCUCCAUACACGUGGGCACUAGAAAAUUGAGACCUUGGGAUGGUCCUUUCCUAUGCUCAAGCUGCCAACACAAAAGAGAGGCCAUGGAAGGAAAAAGACCUUCCGGAGCUGACGUGUCGGAUCAGAAAUCUUACGUGGUACUGAUGAGUAAGGGUGUUCACGGUCCGGAUUGGUCCGGUUUUAGCCCAAACCAUGACCAAACCGGACCUAACGGUUAA